AUGUCUUUCUUGACUCGUUGUUUCGACGUUACAAGGUCGCCAUUUUCGCUUCUCGGCGCUGUCCGUAAUGCAACAAAACGCGCAGGCGGCACGGUGCACAACCAUGGCGGUUCACCCGGAAAGCGCUUAGGCGUCAAAAAGUUUUCAGACCAGUAUGUAAUUCCCGGUAACAUCAUUGUCAGGCAACGCGGGACGCUGUUUCAUCCUGGCCAACACGUCAAGAUGGGACGCGACCACACUCUAUACGCUACUGUGCCAGGAUUCGUUCGGUUCUACAAGGAGAAGUACAUGAGAGGCGAGCGAAAAUACGUCGGUGUCGUUCUUGAGCGCGGCGAUGUACUACCACGAGACGAGGUUUCCCGCGGGCGUAGUCGGUAUUGCGGUCUCGUGGACCGCAACAGUAUGCAAUACGAGACGCAGUCUGCUCAAGGAUCGAGUUGA